GUGUGACGUUGAGUGCUUCAGAUCUGGUCACUAUGGUACGAGAACGAAAAUGCAUAUUGUGCAACAUCGUGUACAGCUCAAAAAAGGAGAUGGACGAGCACAUGAGGAGCAUGUUGCAUCACAGGGAACUUGAGAACCUGAAGGGCAGGGACAGCAGUCAUGAGUGCCGGGUGUGCGGGGUCACAGAAGUGGGUCUUUCCGCAUAUGCAAAGCAUAUUUCUGGCCAGUUGCACAAAGAUAACAUUGAUGCCCAGGAAAGAGAAGAUGAUGGAAAGGGAGAAGAAGAAGAAGAAGAAGAUUAUUUUGACAAGGAACUCGUCCAGUUAAUAGAGCAAAGAAAAGAACAAAGUCGACAAGAUGAACCUUCCAGUGGCAGCCAAGAAGUAAAAUCUGAUGACAGGCAGCUCCAGCGGAGACGAGAAGACAGAAUUCCUUACCAAGACAGAGAAAGCUACAGCCAGCCAGCAUGGCACCAUCGGGGACCUCCUCAGCGGGAUUGGAAGUGGGAGAAAGAUGGCUUUAGUAAUACGAGGAAAAACAACUUUACACAUUCUUUGAGGAAUGGUGCUGGACCAAGAGGGUGGCAUAAGGGUGUUGCAGGAGGCUCCUCAACUUGGUUUCAUAACCAUAGUAAUUCUGGAGGUGGUUGGCAUUCAAAUAAUGGAACAGUAGAUUGGAAUCACAAUGGUACAGGAAGGAAUUCCAGCUGGCAUUCUGAAGGAACAGGUGGCUUUUCCAGUUGGCAUGUGAACAGCAGUAACGGAAACUGGAAAUCCAAUGUACGCAAUACAAAUAGUUGGAAUUACAGUAGUCCUGGAGACAAAUUUCAACCAGGCAGAAACAGAAAUUCUAACUGUCAAAUGGAAGACAUGGCUAAGCCAUGGAACAAGAAAUCCAAGUCAAACAAAUACAAUCAAGAGAGAUAUAAAUGGCAGCGGCAAGAAAAUGACAAAGUUAGUACAGUUGCCACAUACAGAGGUCCUUCUAAAGGAUAUACAAGUGAUAAAUUUUCUUCACAAAUCUUAUUUGACUUCAAUUUUGAGCAGCCAGAAAGCCAAACCGCUAAGCAGACAGAGACCAUAGCUUCCAAAAUUGGUGGGAAGAACGGCAGUGUCGCAAGGGAAAAGCACCAUCGCUGGACUCCUUACCCGUCCCAGAAGGCUCUGGAUUUACAAUCAGGAAUGAAGGACCUUACUGGGAACAAGUCAGAAGUGAUAGAUAAGCCUUUGUUUGAUUUUACUUUAAUCCAAGGAACACAGGCAUCCCAAAUUGAUGAAACAAAUAAUUCCCCAACAUUGAAAACACAAAAAGAAACACAUACUGGAUCUCUUAAUCACAAAGCCACUUCUGAGCAAGCGUAUAACUUAAAUAAGAUGCCAUCAUUAAAAUCCCCGCUUCUUCCAAUUCCAGUCACUAAAUCAGUCCCUCAAAAGCAAGAUUCAAAGAAUCCCUCAAAAAACACCAAAGCGAAUUCUUUUUUUCCUGGAAAACAUUCAAAUUCCUUAAACAAACACAAGGGGGAAGACAAUCGUGGCUCUUCUUACAGGUCCAAAUUGCAAAGUUCAUGUCCUCGUGUUUUAAAAGGGAAUAAAAGUAGAUUUGGCACUCAGAGGGAAUCUGAUGAAAAUUUAAGUGAUACACUACAAAAAGCCAAAGAGGUGCUACAGAUUCAUGAGUCAUUGCAAGAUCCACUUCUUAGCACUUCUAAAAGGACCAGGAACUAUGAAAAAGCAAGUAGGAAUGUAGAAGAGUCUGAAAAAGGAUCUUUGAAGAUUGAGUUUCAAGUACACUCAUUAGAAGAUGAGAGUGAUGGAGAAAUAUCUGACGUGGAAAAGCAUAGAACAAAAAUUGGAACCCUGGAUUCUGCAACUACAGAAGUCUUAUCCUGCAGCACCCAAAAUGCUGACGAGAAAGAGGGAGAGCACCAAAACCUGAAAACACCUAGAAAACUAUCCACUUCCCCAUGUGAGUCAGUAGUUCACCAGAAAGAAUCUGAGUUACAAGUGACAUCUGUAGCCAGCCCACACUCUGGCUUACUACUAGACUUAAAAGCCUCUCUAGAAGAUGGACAGGUUGAUGAGUCUGUUAAGUCUCAUGUAUCUUAUGAAACAGAGGGCUUUGAGAGCACUAGCUUGGAUGCAGAGCUUCAAAAGAGUGAUAUAACUCAGCCCUCAGGCCUUCUCCUGCCUGAACUAAGUAAGCUUGGCUUUCCUGCGUCACUCCAAAGAGAUCUCACCCGGCACAUUAGUUUGAAGAGCAAAACUGGAGCACACCUUCCUGAGCCAAACCUCAAUAGUGCUCGCCGCAUUCGCAACAUUAGUGGCCAUCGAAAGAGUGACACAGAGAAGGAAUCUGGGCUCAAGCCAACUCUUCGGCAGAUUCUAAAUGCAUCUCGGAGAAAUGUCAACUGGGAACAGGUCAUUCAUCAAGUAACCAAGAAAAAGCAAGAGCUAGGCAAAGGCUUACCCAGGUUUGGCAUAGAAAUGGUGCCUCUAGUUCAAAAUGAACAAGAGGUCUUGGAUUUGGAUGAGGAGCCUGAUCUGUCCAAUCUAGAAGGAUUCCAGUGGGAAGAUGUGUCCAUUUCUUCAUCUCCUGGAUUGGCAAGGAAACGAAGCCUUUCUGAGAGCAGUGUGAUCAUGGACAGGGCUCCUGUGUAUAGCUUCUUCAGUGAGGAAAGUGCAGGCAAAGAAAAUGAGCCCCAGCAGAUUUUUUCACCUAGUAACUCAUUGAGGGCUGCACAGAGUCCAAAAACAACCGUGGGCCUUAAGCAGGAAGUGACACCUCUGGCCGCCUCCCUCAGAACAGGUGAAAGGGCUGAAAAUGUUGCUCCUCGAAGGCGGCACAGUGCACAGUUACCUUCUGACUGUGCAAAAUCUUUGAUGCAUUUGACAAAAGACCUGAACAGCCAGGAGAGUUCUGGACCACCUUCAGAGAAUCUGAAUGCCAAGGAGAGUAAUGGAGAAGGGAACUCGUUAUGGUCAUGUGUAUCCUCAGCUCUUGCAGGCUCUAAUUUGGCAGAUGCAGGCACAGAUAGUAGCUGUACCUCUGGUGCUGAACAAAAUGACGGUCAGAACAUUAGAAAGAAACGAAGAGCCACUGGAGAUGGAUCUUCUCCUGAACUCCCAAGUCUUGAGAGAAAAAAUAAAAGAAGGAAAAUUAAAGGAAAGAAAGAACGUUCGCAGGUCGACCAGCUGCUGAGUAUUUCUUUAAGGGAGGAAGAACUGAGCAAGUCGUUGCAGUGCAUGGAUAACAACCUUCUGCAAGCCCGGGCAGCACUUCAGACAGCUUAUGUUGAAGUUCAGAGGCUUCUUAUGCUCAAGCAGCAGAUAACUAUGGAGAUGAGUGCACUGAGGACCCAUAGAAUACAAAUUCUACAGGGAUUGCAAGAAACAUAUGAACCUUCUGAACGCCCAUACCAGGUUCCCUGUAGCCUUACUCGAGAACAGAGGAGCAGUAGAUCUCAAACAUCUGCUGAUACCACGCUGCUGCCUGCUCCCUUCUUCCCAGUUUUUCUGGAGCCUCCAUCAUCCACAGGAGUCCCUGGCCAAGUACCCACAUCUCCUACUUUCCAAGCCCAUGGCAGUGUUCCUGCUCCAGACUCAUCGAUUCAGAUUAAACAAGAACCGAUGUCUUCUGAACAAGAAGGAGAGGUCAGUGACCGCCGUUCAGUCGAUGCAUCCCUCACUGCACCGUUGUCCUUGUCAGAGCUAACAGAAAAUUCCCAUGAGCCCAGCCAAGAACUGAGGCUUUCUGUGGAGCAAGGAAGUACCAGAAAUGGGGAAAAUGUUCUCUCGUCCCAAUCAGCUGGUCUUCCUAGCAUAAAUAAAGAAGGUGAAGAGCCAACCAAAGGCAACAGCGGGUCUGAAGCCUGUACCAGUUCUUUUCCAAGAUUGUUCUUUGCUUCAGAAACCUCUUUAGAGAAGGAGUCCCUCUCUCUCGCUGACCAGCCUGAACAAGCAGAGUCUACUCUGACAUCAGCUGAAACGCGGGGGAACAAGAAAAAGAAGAAACUUCGGAAGAAGAAGACUCUGCGAGCCGCCCAUGUUCCUGAGAACAGUGACACCGAGCAGGAUGCAUUUACUGCUAAGCCUGUGAGGAAAGUAAAAACUGGAAAGUCAGCGAAAGGAGGGAAAGUAACAACCUCCACCUGGGAAGACAGCAGAACUGGACUUGAACAAGAGAGUGUCAGGGAUGAGCCAGAUAGCGACUCCUCUCUGGAAGUCCUGGAACUUCCUAACCCUCAGUUAGAAGUAGUGGCCAUUGAUUCCUCGGAAUCUGGAGAGGAGAAGCCAGACAGCCCAUCGAAGAAGGAUAUUUGGAACUGCACAGAGCAACACUCAUUAGAAACUUCUCGUUCUGGUUGUGAUGAAGUUAGCUCUACCAGUGAGAUUGGCACUCGCUAUAAAGAUGGUAUCCCUGUAAGUGUGGCAGAAACUCAGACCGUGAUCUCCUCCAUAAAAGGAUCAAAGAACUCUUCAGAAAUAUCUUCAGAGCCAGGAGAUGAUGAUGAGCCCACAGAAGGGAGUUUUGAGGGGCACCAAGCUGCAGUGAAUGCAAUUCAGAUAUUUGGGAAUUUGCUGUAUACCUGUUCAGCAGAUAAAACUGUGCGAGCUUAUAAUCUGGUGAGUCGGAAGUGCAUUGGUGUCUUUGAGGGCCAUACUUCGAAAGUGAACUGCCUCCUGGUUACUCAAACCUCUGGGAAGAAUGCUGCCCUUUACACUGGUUCCAGUGAUCACACCAUUCGCUGCUAUAAUGUUAAGACGCGAGAGUGUUUGGAGCAGUUACAGCUGGACGACCGAGUCCUCUGUCUUCACAGUAGAUGGCGAAUCCUCUAUGCAGGACUAGCAAAUGGCACUGUGGUCACCUUCAACAUAGAGAACAACAAACGACUCGAAAUCUUUGAAUGCCAUGGCCCUCGGGCAGUUAGCUGUCUAGCCACAGCUCAGGAAGGUGCCCGAAAGCUGCUGGUCGUGGGGUCUUACGACUGUACCAUUAGUGUGCGUGACGCGCGGAAUGGACUCCUCCUCAGAACCCUGGAGGGCCACAGCAAGACCAUUCUCUGCAUGAAGGUGGUGAAUGACCUUGUGUUCAGUGGCUCCAGUGACCAGUCAGUCCAUGCCCACAACAUUCAUACUGGGGAGCUCGUGCGGAUCUAUAAAGGUCACAAUCAUGCAGUGACUGUGGUGAACAUCCUGGGAAAAGUGAUGGUGACUGCUUGCCUGGAUAAAUUUGUUCGUGUCUACGAAUUACAGUCCCAUGAUCGAUUGCAAGUUUAUGGAGGACACAAAGACAUGAUUAUGUGUAUGACCAUCCACAAAAGUAUGAUUUAUACUGGCUGUUACGAUGGCAGUAUUCAGGCCGUGAGGCUAAAUCUGAUGCAGAAUUACCGCUGCUGGUGGCAUGGUUGCUCUCUGAUAUUUGGCGUUGUGGAUCACUUAAAACAACAUUUGCUGACUGACCAUACAAAUCCGAACUUUCAGACUCUGAAAUGUCGCUGGAAGAACUGUGAUGCUUUUUUUACUGCUAGGAAAGGAUCCAAACAGGAUGCUACAGGACACAUUGAACGACAUGCUGAGGAUGAAAGUAAAGUUGAUUCAUGAAGUUUUUUGCCUCCCAUGUUGGGAAGUCAUUAGUUGAACGAAUUUCACAUUGGCCCCUCACACUGGCCACUCUCCUCCCUUCCCCUGUGAAGCGGGGAAGGAGAAAGUGAUUACCAAUCAGACUUACCACUAGGGUAAGUCUGAGCAGCUCUGUGGGAUGAUAGGUUACACUUUAAGAUCUUGCUGGAGGUUUGUCAGAUUUUAAGGAACCAUACUCCUGGGACAGCGUGGCAUAUGGUAAUUUAUGCUACUGGUGUUCUCCAGAUGUUUAUUAAAGAUGCAGAUCUGAAUUGGUUACCUGAUUUGACCCUAAUCAUGUUGUUUUACUGAUUUCAGUUUGUGAUUUUUACUUUAUGUUCUUAUGAUGGUUUAAACUUGUAGUCAAGCUUUAAGUACCAGUUUGUUCAAAUGCUAGAUUUUUAGGAUCAGUUUUAAUUUUUCUGCUUGUAAUAACUGGGUAUUUAAAUUGGAAGCAAAUAGUUUUCUUUUGAACAAUUAUGUUUAGUGUGUGUCAAUAUUCUUUUGCUUUGUAGAUGACAGAGCUGGCUUUAAAUGUAAAGGAAGACAGUAGAUUUUUAGCAGCUAGAGUGACUGCUCAGCUGACUAUUUUAGGAGUUGAGACAGCAGAUCACACAGUGGCAAGUCCUUACGGACAGUGCUCCCCAGCGACCCUCUCUGCAGGGUUUGCUGGAGUGCUUGGCUCAGGGCAGCACACAGACCUACUGUCCACGUGCAGUGGUGCUGUGAGACCUGGGCAUCACUGCUGCAGGGGUGGCCGGGCUGUCUGACCUGGAGGUGCAGCCUUGACCUCCCUUUCCAGUUUCUGGCUCUCCAGGCUGCUGUGGGAUUGAAACCUACAGAAUGCCCUGCACUCACCUGCAGCCCCAAGAUAGGGGAGUCAGGAUAAAGCAUCUGAAUUCAGUUUUUAGGGCCUCAGCAGGCUUCUUAGGAACUGAUUUCUUAAACCAUUGUCUUGCCCUCACCUCUCCACUAGUUGGGAAGAAAGAGUGGAAUCUGGUGAAGUUAAAGACCACCUGUCCAUUGAGAGCAGCCACAUUAACAAAGCCUUAGUGAGACUGCUUGGUUUGGGCUUUUCUCAGGACUCCGAAGAGAAGCUGUAGACGUGUUGCUUUCCAUUCUUCUGUUUCUGGGUUCACUUUGAAAGGUUCUUCAGGGAGAUAGAGGAAGGGAGAGCAGCACGGUGCACACAGCCACGCUUUGGGAUGCGGCCCCUACUAUGUUCUAGGAUUGCAGAGCAUCCAGGUUUCUCCCCUCUCCUGUCGGUGCACACACAUCUGCUCACAUGCCUCCUUCACUCUGGCUCUAGGGCAGGAGGACUUCACUGGGGAUUCAUGGAUAGGUUUCAGGAGGGUGUGCGAACCCCCUGAAAUUGUAUGCAAGACGAAGUAUGUGUCCUUUUUUCCAGGGAAGGCUCUAAUGAUUUUUACUGGAUCCAAAAGAUUAAGACCUACUAAAGGAGCUACUGCUGGAUAAUGAGUGGCCCCACAAACUACUUACUUCUGUCUUUGUGAAUGGGAAAACUUUUUUGUUAACCACACUAUUGAGGUUUACAUGACACUUGAGAGAGACCAGAGAGAAUCCUAUUGUGUCAAGACUAUUUGUGCUGUUUCUCUAUGAGAUUAUGACGCUUUUCCCACCUCUCACCCCCAUUUCCGGUACAGGUGACCAGAGAAGCCAGGCUGUUCUGUGGGUUUGGGAAUGGUAAAUUCCCAGGAAAGCGAAUUUGGACUUAUUGCCAAACCUGGCAUUUUUCUCUGGGUAGUGAAGCAGCAUUUCUCAGAUGGCUGGGGAGUGUGCUAAGAAAGUCUUGCAUGCAUGGGUGCACAGGUGUCCUUCUGUCCUGCCUGAGGACAUGUCUGCAAAGACGAGAGUGGUGAGCUUUGUAGGGCAGGUGCUGGGCAAGUGAGGGGAACCUUUGCAGGUAGAGUCAGUGAGAACCAGUUUGGGUUUCACUUUGGUGGAAUGGUGCACAGUCUGCCUGCCUUUGUGUAUAUGAAUGAUCCUUGUACAUGUGUAUACGGAUGGGCACCUGUACUUGGAAUACUUUUCCUCAUUUCGUAGAAAUGUCCUUUGGAGCAGUAGCAAUAAUGUUUUUGUUUUAAGGAUGUGUAAAAUUUAACAUCAGGUUAGUGUGUUAUCCUAAUCACACUGUUCUAGUUCUGUUUAGAAAUAAAUGCACCAUAAACAUCUUGGCUGCUUAUGUAUACUUAUUGCUUUAAAGUGUCUUGAAAGUUAUGCAGAAUUUUGGCCAUUUUUAAGUCUUCUUUGAUGUCCUGACUGAUUCUAGCCCUCUGUCGCCCUCAGAGAAGAGCUGUGGCUCAGGGGUUUGCAUAAACUCUGGUAUUUAGUACUUUAUGAAGAAAGGAAACUGUUACAUGACCUGACAGAACCUGACAUUUCUUAUCAGGAGUCGGAGGCCAUUUUUUAGAACGUUGUUUUUUAAUUAUGUGUGCCUACUUCUAACGGCUAGAAGCCGAGGAGACCCUGGUAUAAAUCCUUUUGUGUGCGUGUGCUAGUGUUUUAAUGGCAGUUUGUUCUGAUAUAAUAUCAGUCACUUCAAGUUUUAUCCUAAAGUUUUAAUCAGGUUCAAAAUGUAUUUUGGCAUACGCUUCUACUCGGUUAAACACAAUGCAAACAAAACUCUUAAGAGCAAAGAAUUAAUUUUGAUCUGAUGCUACUUGAAGAGAACAUUAUUGCUACCACACUCCUGCUUUUGUGGGGAGAAGUUUUUUCUGUCUCAGAAGAGUUAGCAAUUGAGUGUUUAGCUCCUGACCUACCUAUAAGUUAUAGGCAAAAUCAUUGCUGUUUAAGUGAUUAUUUGCUUAACAAAGGUUUCUUUGUUUUUGUUUUUUGGGGGUCUUGGGGGGUAGAUUAUACAGUGGACAACUUCAGUGACUAGGUAUGUGGAUGGUUUGGUGGGAGUAGGUGUACAACAUUUAGUGGAAUGGUAUGGUAUGUUUUAUGGAAGAGAAUUCAUUGGAGGGGAGAUCAAAGUAUAUUGCGAUGUGGUAUUUGAACAGCAUGUUCCCCCUGGUUUGCUCAAAUAACUGCCAUUAAUAUACACUGACGGACAGAUUUUGUUCUUGUUGCCUAAAGGAGAGCUUUCAGAAUUGCUGUGAAGGCCAGGCCUGCCACAUUGAUGAUAGUGAUCUCGUCCCUUCCCCACAUCAUCAGGACACUCAGGAUGGCAAAGGAGCUGUCUAAGGACUAGGAAUAGGAGCUGUGGUGGCGAUUUGGGUUAUACUGAGUCCCAUAUGCCAGUGGAUGUGAAAUGAUGAUGUAAACCACACCUACUGCUUAUCAGACAUUAAUCCCUAACCUCACCUCCAACUCCCAGGUAUGGGGCCCUGCUGGGUCACAUGCACUAAAAUUUCCCAUGUUUGCUCUAAAUUCAAGGUAGUAGCCCAAUGGGAUUGGGAAAGAGGGGAGUCAAAGAGGAAAGGCUAUUGAAGAUCUUCUUCCUGCCUAAGAGAAACACAUGCCCUAGAGCUGCUCUAGCAUGCCUGGUAUUUGAAUUUUUUAUAUUGAAUAUGGAUUAGAAAAAUGAAAUCAGAUGACAUUUGACUGCAAAAAUGUUUAUAAGCAAACAGCUUAGACUUCUUACAUUUUGGUAUAAACCUGUGAACUUCAUAACUUUGUAAAAGCAAGAUACAAAGCAAAUACAAGAGGAAAAUAAAGUACUUUUACAAAUUGUU